CCGCGUGCCUUGGUUGGCCUGAGACUGCACGGAAGCGGGGAGUUAAAGAGUCUUUGCCUGACUGCUCUGGCCCCACGGGAGCAACCUGGAUUCACUAUUGAGGGCUUUUUCUUAUAUUCCCCUUUGUUUUCUCUCUGUGCUAUGGGAGAUGUCAAAGAAUCAAAAAUGCAAAUAACACCAGAAACUCCUGGAAGGAUCACUGUUUUAAAUCCUUUUGAAAGUCCUAGUGAUUAUUCUAAUCUCCAUGAGCAAACUGUCUCCAGUCCAUCUGUUUUUAAAUCAACAAAAUUACAGACUCCACGGGAAUUUAGAUGGUCCAUUGAUCAACUAGCUGUAAUGAAUCCUGUAGAAAUAGACCCAGAGGACAUUCAUCGUCAAGCUUUAUACUUAAGUCAUUCUCGAAUAGAUAAAGAUGUGGAAGACAAAAGACAAAAAGCCAUUGAAGAGUUUUUCACUAAAGACGUCAUCGUGCCCUCUCCUUGGACCGAUCAUGAUGGAAAGCAGCUUUCACAGUGUCAUCCUAGUAAAUGCAAAAAUAUAAAUAGUGAGUCUCCAACUGGAAGCCAGCUGACCAUUCAUCCUGAGAAAAGCAACGCUGCUUGUCAGACAUUGCUGUCACUUCCUGUGGAUUUUAACUUAGAAAAUAUAUUAGGUGACUAUUUUAGAGCUGAUGAAUUUGCUGAUCAGUCUCCUGGAAACCUCAGUUCUUCAUCUCUCAGAAGAAAGCUGUUUUUAGAUGCGAAUGGGAGUAUGUCUGACUCCUUGUCUCCAGUUUCGCCCAGAAGUCCUCGGAGUGGUGCUCAGGCAUCACUUGAGGUUUUUUACUCAAUUGAUUUAUCUCCUGUACAGUGUGAGAGCCCUGCGCAGACACCAAGUUCGGGGCAGUUUUCUUCUAGUCCGAUUCAGGAUAAUGUCAAAAAAUACAGUUUGGGCAGCAUCGCUAGUCAUUCACCUAUUUCUUCUUCACCCACGUUUUCACCGGUUGCAUUUCAAAUAGGAAAGACGCCAAUCUCAGAACAAAGGAAGUUUGUUUUUCAUUCUCCUGAUGCUUCAUCUGGAAUAACUUCUAAUGGAAUUCCGAAUCCACGUAUCGGAAGUCCUUAUAUAGAUGGCUGCUCGUCAAUUAAAAAUUGGUCUCCAAUGAGACUGGAGAUGUGUGGAGGUGGUGCUAAGUGUCGAACCUCACUGAUCCGGAUACCUUUUACUCUUGAGGCUCACAGUGAAGAUGAAGAGGACAAAGAGAAUACUCCUCCCACCGAUGUCUCAUUAGCAGCCGUGGAUGCUGCCGGGGGACAGCUGUGCCAGUUGGAUUAUGAUGGUUUUCCUCAUGGUGCACGUUUAGUCGUCACUGCCAUGUCUAUUACGCAGAAUCAAUCCAGUGCUUCUGAGAAAGGAUUAGCACUGUCACAGGAUGCUGAAAGUGAGAAGGAGAAUAACACUGUGGAUAUGGUUGAUGAGAACACUUUUCACCUCCAGGAAGCGGGUGGCAGUAGAAGUCCACCCAUGACUGAUUUUAUGAGUGGAAUGGCCUGCAGUAUUGAAAACUCUCACAUGUGCAUGUUGCCUCUUGCAGAAAGCAGCGUCAUUCCUGACAGUACCAGUCAGAUGGACAGUGGCUAUAAUACACAGAGCUCUGGAAGCAGCAAUAUCAUGGAUACAAUUGGGGCAGAAAGCUACUGCAAAGACAGUGAUGUACCAACCUGUGAAGUUGAGAAUAAAUCUUUUAUUUUUGAUACAGCAAAAAACCACACACACACACACCUUUUCUGUUUCUUAAACAAGUUCAGCUAA